AUGCUUAUUCUUGCAACACUGAUCAACAUCGUGAUGUCUUCCUCUGGUGAAGAGUCUCCCAAUCCUGGAGCAAAUCCUGUGGUUGUAGUUGUUGGUGAUCCAUCAAGAAUAGAAGUAGCCAAGCUGGUACAAAACCUUACCAAAAGAGAGAGUACCUCACGUAUACUAAGAGCACGGACUACGCCAUACAGUAGAACUACACGAAGAACAACAGCUGUUUCUUCUACUCCAAAAUUGCACAAUUAUACGGCACCAGUCCUAUCAAAUAACGCAAUAACCAUACAUCUCAAAAUUGAAACAAGUGAUAUCACCGCAUUUAAUACCGAAUACACACCAAUCAUACUAUUCAUGGAUUCAAAUGGACAUGAACAGUCUCAUGUUGUGAUAACCCCUGACAUGUAUGAGGAUGAUCACAACUCGUUUAAAAUUGAAAUUGAUGUCCCUGAUCAUUCACUAGAAAGGGUAUCUUUUGUAGGAAGGAAUAAGGUAACAAAAAAGUACGAGUUGUGGUCGAGUGGAUACAAAUUCAAUUCAACAACUAAAGUCUUCGAAUACACUCCAUGA